UUCGACCCUUCUCAUGACGACCAUGUCACCACAAGCAACGGCCGAUCUCUCCAUGCGAGCUGCUUAAAAAGGAGCAAAGGCUAGCUACCCAACAUUCCACAUACACACAAGCUAGUGACACAACCUUGUUUUCGAUCUACGACCCCUGGCUACCUAGGACAUAGCAAAGGUACGUUGGUUGUGCACGUACACCACUGAUCAUGGGAGACAUCGCGCUGUGCGGCCAGCUCCUCCUGGACAACGUCGUCGACGGCGAGUUCCAGCUCCCCUCCGACGCCGAAGACCUCUUCAGCAUCCUCGAGACAUGGGAAGACUGCGUGAACGGUAGCGCCGCUACGACGGCGUUGAGCCCCACGUCCGGCGCCAGCAGUGGUGCGCUGUUGGCGCCACCAGACAGCAAGCUGGGCAGCAAGCGGCGAAUGGCGCCGCAGGAUCAGGAAGAUAACGAUGACACGGCGGCACAGGCGCAGAAGAGGCGAAAGUGCUCGCCGGAGGCCCCGAAGACGGCGCACAUCACGGUGGAGCGCAACCGGAGGAAGCAGAUGAACGAGCACCUCGCCGCGCUGCGGUCGCUCAUGCCGUGCUUCUAUGUCAAGCGUGGCGACCAAGCAUCCAUCAUAGGAGGGGUGGUGGACUACAUCAAGGAGCUGCAGCAAGUGAAGCAGUCCCUGGAGGCCAAGAAGCAGCGCAAGGCCUACACGGAGCAGGUCCUCAGCCCACGCCCGCUGCCAUCGCCCAGCCCGCGGCUCCCUCUCAGCCCGCUCCUCAAGUCCACGCCGCCGCUCAGCCCGCGUCUCGCCACGAUGAGCCCCUGCAGGACGCCCCCGACGCCCGGAAGCCCCUACAAGCUCAUCCGGCCCCUGCCCCUGCCACCAACAAUGUCGUCAGGCUCCUCCGCCUACGUGUCCCCGGCGAUGACGCCGACCGGCUGCCACGAGCCGUCGCUGGAGGCCAUCGCGGCGGAGCUAUCGGUGUACGCGGCCAACAGGCAGGCGACGCUCCUCCCUGACGUGAGGGUGGAGUUUCGCGGCGCCAACCUUGUGCUCAAGACGGUGUCGCCCCGCGCGCCGGGGCAGGCGGUGAAGAUCGUCGCGGCGCUGGAGGGACGGGCGCUGGAGAUCCUCCACGCCAAGAUCAGCACGGUCGACGACACCGACGUCAAUGCCUUCACCGUCAAGAUUGGAAUCGAGUGUGAGCUCAGCGCGGAAGAACUGGUACAAGAGAUUCAGCAAACGUUCUCGUGAACGUGUCACUCUUGCUUAAUUAAAGCCCUAUCCGGAAAGCGGGUACUGUGCGGGCACUAAACCGUUUGGUGUUAAACUCUCCUAUUCGGACAAGGACUGAAUUCGUCGAACUAACGUCCACGAUGCAUCGUCACGCAUAUAUAGAUUGAUCAAUGCAUCUGCGUGUCGGUUAAGGUGGUGUUUGGUUCCAGAGUGACGUGGAAUGAAGUUGAACCAUCCCAUUCCUAUGAGAAUAGAAUGGUUCUAGUUUGUUGUCUGGUUGAGAAGAUGGAACGGUAGAAUGAAAUGGUUCCAUUUUCUGUUUGCUUAGAGAGAUGGAACACGAUACAAUGAUGUAUUCACCUUCUGGUAAACUUACCACUAGAUGAAUUAACACGUUAUUUGUAUAAGCAAUAGGUCUUUACCGGACUUGGAACUGAAAUCAAGUAGCACCGGAGGAGAUUAGUGAAUACUCCUCAGUUGAGAGAGGCCAUGCAUGGUGUGACCAAUUUUUCAGUCUGAUUUUCAAAGCAAAUGGUCUUAAAUCUCA